CUGUCUCCUGCCAGGAGAAAUCUCCUCCAUUGGGGCAGAUGCAACAGUAACAUUUAUACAGAGGUUCUGAAUCUUCCUCAGUCUACUAGCAAAUAUGUUGAUAUUGCUUCCUGUGUCUCGGGGAUUUCCCUUCUCUUUCUGUUAUAAAAAGGGGUUGGAGAGCUGAAGUUAUACUCUGUCAAUCUGCUGGAGGUCCCUCCCCAGGGGCAGACUGACCACUCGGGCACAUGAAGUGCUUCUGGUACCUUUUAUAGGCUUUUUUGGGUGUGCUUUGAGAGUGGGCAAGGACACAGGGGCCCCAUGAUCUCCUAUUGCCCGGGGGCCCCAUGAGUUGUCAGUCCACCCCUGCC